AUGGAUUUUAAUUCAUUAUUGCAACAGGCUCAACGCCUGAAUAAUGAAAUACAGCACACCGAGGAACUACCACGUGUGGAACGUACGAUUUCUCAAGUAUUGCAAGCGACCAAGGAAUUACAUACGAGAGUAACGCAGACUGGAGCACAAGAUAUACAAGCGCACAUAUUAUUGGGAUCCAAGGGUAUUGAUUUGCCUAAAAUUUCACAGAAAUUAGAAUCGUUAAAUGCUCGAAAAACUUUUGAGCCCUUAGAUCCUGUAUCUGAGACAGAUGUACAAAAUUUUUUAAAAAACGAGAAAGAAAAUACGAUACUAUCCGUUAUAGAAGAAGUCCACAAAAACGCUUUUCAAUCGGCUCAAAAACGGAAAUGGGAACAUAUCAAAGCCGAAUGGCGUGAAGAAAAAGUGAAAUUAAUGAACGCCUUGGUGGGACCAUCGCAAAAUUGGAUCGAUAUAGAAAAAUUACCUGAGCAAACAGUAAUUAACGAAACCUUUGGUUUGCGAUCAUGUUUAAAUAACAUAGAAAUGGCUUAUGCCCGGGAAGUUUAUGACUAUAAUGCUGUUGUUAUUAAGGGCGCUUUCAGGCCAAAUUUAGUGCAGAAAUUUUCCAAAGUAGCUAAAAAUUUCAACGAUACCAAAGUUUAUGAUAUCUGGGAAAUUAUGAAAUAUAUGGUAGACGUUACGCCAGUGCCUCGCAACCGUGAUCCUCUGCAAACUCGCAUCCAAAUCAAACAAUUUGUCGAACAAGCCAAAAAGUAUUUAGAAAAUCGUUAUAAACUUUACAUGUCCACCGUUAUAAGUAGCAAUUUGCGGGAAGCUCGACGUGGUGGCGUACCUAGUACAUUCAAUUUAGUAUCUGCUUUCGUGGGGCUUACCUUUAAUAAAAGCAAUUGUUUUGGUCUACAGGAUGUUAACAUAGACGGAAAACCUUUGUGGCCAAUGGUAUAUUAUUGCUUGAGAUGUGGUGACAUGCAAUCGGCUCUACGUUGCGUGCUAAUGGGAGGAGCUGGCCAUGAAGAUUUUAUACAGAUUUUGGAGGAUAAAAUUAACAAGCCCGAACAAAAAAUCAAUAGCAAAUUAGAAGGACAAGUUAAAUUACAUUAUUGUAAUAAAAUUAAAAAUAGUACAGAUCCUUAUAAGAAAGCGGUUUAUUGCAUUGUCAUCGGUUGUGACAUUAAUGAUCAACACUUAGAAGUGGCGAAAACAACUGACGAUUUCCUAUGGAUACAACUAUCCAUUCUGCGUAAUGAGGCUUCGGAAAACGGUGAAUCGUUGACCUACUCCGGUCUGCAAGUUAUGAUUUUAGAAAAGUAUGGUGAGAAACAUUUCAAUGCAAACGAACAACAACAUUUAUACUUUCAAGUACUGGCUCUGACCGGCCAGUUUGAAGCCGCUAUAGAAUUUCUAGCGCGUUCAGAAAAAUAUCGCGCACAUGCUGUUCAUAUAGCCUUAGCGUUAAAUGAAAUGAUGCUAAUAGGGGGACCACGUAAUGUUCAGGAACCGUUACUGUCUGUCGAUAUUGAGGAUUCGGUACCGAUGCGUCGCUUAAAUAUGGCGCGAUUAAUUAUGCUCUAUGUCAAAAAGUUUGAAAUGACUGAUCCUGCUGAAGCCUUGCAAUACUACUUCUUCCUACGCAAUCUUAAGGAUCCCGAUGGACGUAAUCUUUUUCUCGUAUGCGUCAGCGAUUUAGCAAUAGAGUGUCGUAAUUAUGAUUUAUUAUUUGGUAAAAUGACGCCAAACGGGGUAGCCAGCGGGGGGUUAUUGCAGCAAUUUGAUUGUGUAAAUUUUGACAGUCGAACUGCGGCUAAUAUAGUCGCUGACGAAUUAGUCCGGAAAGGAAUGUUUGAAGAUGCUAUUAAACUAUACGAUUUAGCUGAUAUGCAAAGUAACUCUUUACGUUAUCUAUCCUUAUUGCUAUCCCAAGUUGUUCAUCAGAGUUCGAAAAAAGGAUCACUGCGCGAACGUUUGGCCAUUUUGGCUACUGAAUUUAGCGAACGUUUACGUGGCAGUCGUAUCGAAUGUGAAGCUCAAAUAGUUGUUACCUUUAAUUUAUUAAAUGAGUUGGUCUCAUUUUUCGAUUAUUAUCAUGAACGUAGAUACCAACUGGCUUUAGAGAUAUUAGCCAGCACAAAACUCGUACCCUUUUCUAUGGGAGAAUUGGAAGAAAGUCUUAACAAUUUCAAAGGUUUAGGAAGUGAAAUAAGUAAAGCUUAUCCUUAUAUUCUAUUAGCGACAAUGGAUAUUUUGUACUCCCAAUAUAAAAUGUUAAAGGGGAAAGACACUGGUAUUUUAAACAGCGGAGGUGAUAGCAGAUUGCAGCAUUUACGUCAACAAGCUAAAGCCUUAACGAACAUGGCUGCUACUAUUCCAUAUCGCAUGCCUGGUGACACUAAUAAACGUCUGGUGCAAACUGAAAUCUUAAUGAAUUAAAUAAACAUUAUAAGAAAAAAAUAAAAUUGGUUUUAUAUAGCACGCAUUUUUACUUUUGUUUGAACGUAAAAGGCCAGGAAGCCGGACCCUUAGGCGUUCU